UCAUCACUCUAGUCCCUGUAGCCUGAAUAGGUAGUAGUAAUCAAUAGCUUUCAUCCAAUUACCGUAAUGGUAUUGAUGAAAAAAGUGCUUCGCUUAAAUUUUGAGUGCAGGUUACUGGUAUUUUUAUGGCUCUUUUCACAUCCUGUGUUCUUUUCAAUUUCCCAAAGAUCAAAAAUCUUCUCUGCAAUGAGAAAGUGCUGGUCAUGGAGUCAAAAAACACUGUAGAUGGCGCGGGCGAUACAGCUCUGCUUGAAUACAACUCUACGUCUGCAGUUGACAAGAAGAAGGAUGAAGAACUGGCUUCUUGGAAUGGAAAAACUCUUGAAGCAUCUGGUAUGAUAGUUUCAUUACUCCAAUUCCCCGGAUAGUACUAAAUAGCUAACGCAACUUGUCGCCAACAGCACAAUCCUUGAUCUCCUCCACAAUUCAAACUCGGGCAACCAUUCAAAACUUACCACCGGAAAUAAUUCUUAAACUCUUCAAGAUACUCCGCCUCGACUACUGGAUCCUAAGCAAUCUUAUCGCGGAUCAUCCAUUACAUGAUGGCUUCACCACCUCAAUCUGCCUAGCCCUUACCUGCCGCAAGUAUUGGAAGAUAUUUGCUGAGCUUUGGUGUGACUUUGGAACAACUCGAAUGCCGGCGUUGACCCGAAAUCAAGCCUCGAAAAUACAACCAAUUCUGGCUUCCUGGGUACCCCCAACCUUUCGAAAAACCUACGAUCUCAUUAACUGCCACCCGGUUCCAAUGUUUCUCUGUAUAGAUAUUUACGGCGAUGGCACAUAUCGCAGCGAAGCCGAACGCAGACUGUUAGCACGCCAUGACGAUCGAUUUGCCAUAACGAACGUUUAUUACUUGAUUGAAUGUCAAAGCGGCUCCAGUCCUACGUCCCGACAUCAUGUCGAAUUCCCAAGUCCUCAAGGGAUGGGAGAAGAAUGGUACUUGACAGCUGCAACUAUAUACCGUGAUCUCGUUUGGAAAUGGUACAGCAAAUGCUGCGAUUACGACGCAGAUAUAAUUGGAUCUACUAGAGGACAUAUAGAGUUGUCGUGGGUAGACUUCAGAGGCACUGACCUUUACCAAUGGACAUACGAAUGGGAUGCUCCUGAGCCUUGGCGCUUGAGUGGUAUAGUUGAAGAAGAGUCUGAGAUAUCGCAGAGAAUGCUGUUCGGGGAAGUAGAUUUGCUGUAUUCGGAAGAAGAUAUAAAGGCAGAUCUGAGGGGAUUCGACAUGAUCAUGAAGGCUUGGUCGUUGGAGACGUAGCUAGUCCGGUUUUACUCUGGCAAUGGAAUCAUCGCUCAGCAUACAGGGCUGACAAAAUUUCACGUAUAGAUAACGGGUGUUAGCUUAGUUAGUUCAGCGAGUCCAAC